AAUGCGCAAAGGGCGGAUGUUGCGUAAUCUUCGUACGUAAGGUUUGUUAUUGAUGGCGACAUCAUGUGAACUGUUAGUUUAGUCGAUUUAAUGUGCUUGCAGUCAAUGGUUUUGAAACAUUCCUGUCUGUAGUCGUUCAACAAGGAUAUUAGGCACUGACGUCGAAUCAAAAAAUUUAUUUUUCACCACAGCAUCAUGAAGACGAGCAUCUUCUCCCUCUUGGUCAGAGCAUCUGUCCUUGCUGUGUCCGUUCUUGGGCAAACCACAGAUGUCGACGAGCUUGCCGAAAGGAAUGCCGACUUUGCUACCCGGCUGUACAGCAAGAUUGCUAGCUCAAAUGAUGACAACGUAGCCGUUUCGACCCUCGAGGCUACCUUGGCCUUAGCCACGUUAGCAGCCGGGGCUGGUGGGGCUACUCGCACCGAGCUGCUACAGGGUAUAGGUGUGGCCUCCAUGGAGAAAGAUGGAGAGCCAGAACGGAUUCAGACCCUACUCAAGCAGCUGAGAGUGACCACAUCUCAAAUCCACGCCACUGGCCUCUUCAUUAAGCAGGAUGUCAAAGCAGGCGACAGCUUCAGCAACCAGAUUAAAGAGUUUUAUGGUGCAGAUGUUCAAAAUGUGAAUUAUGCCAAUGGACAGCAGGCCAAAGGGAGUAUUGAUGAUUACGUAAGAGGCCGAACAGGGGACAAGGUCAGAGAUGUGGUACAGAAUGUAGAUCCACAAAGCAUGGCGAUGUUAAUCAGCGCAGCUUUCUUCACAGGUCAGUGGCUGCAACCCUUCAACGCUACCUUCACCCAAGAGGAGCGUUUCUAUGUGAACAAGUAUAACAUUGUGCAAGUGCCCAUGAUGCUCCAUUCUGGCAAAUACUACCUGGCUUAUGACCCCACAUUAAAGGUUGGGAUUCUGAAACUGCCCUGUGAGGAGGGCAUUGCCAUGCUUGUCCUUCUUCCAGAUGAAGAUGUGGACUACACCUACAUUGAUGAAUCCAUGACUGGUGCAGUGUUUCGUGGAUGGGUUGCAAAGCUGAAAAAGACGAAGCUGGAGAUUCAGUUGCCCAGAUUUUCUUUGAAGCAGUCCAACUCACUAAGUACAAGUCUGCCCAGUCUGGGCAUUAAAGAGAUCUUCGGGAGUACAGCAGAUCUUUCUGGCAUCAGCAGUGAUGAAGGCCUAAAACUGUCAGAGGUGGUACAGAAGGUCAAUGUGGAGGUGGAUGAAACCGGAGGCUCAGUGGCCGAUGCCUCCAGCAAUCUCUUUAUGACCCCUCUUCCUCCCAGGCUCACAUUCAACCGACCCUUCAUUUUUGUUGUCUACCAUGAGGCCACAAAAUGCAUCCUCUACAUAGGACGUGUGGUCGACCCAACUAAGAACUAAUUAUGUAUAGAAAAACUACCAAUGUGUGCUCACAGUCUACUCAUAGAUUAACCUGUUGUUUAAAUAACCAAUUUAGAAUUUAACAUUUAUUUGUGUAAUGUAGUGUUUUAAAGCAAAAAUGUCAGUGUAAUAUAAUAACAGUACAACGUUUGAUAAGGAACAACUGUAAAUGUAUAGUGUUUCUGAAAUGGUUGAUUUAGGAGAUUUAUUGUUGGCAUGGAGUGUUGCCUACACAGUAUAACGUUACAUGUGACAAGUAACUUGUUUUUUGUGCUUCUGGAGAUUUGUCAGUAUCAGCAUAGUAUUCAUAUCAGCACUUUAACAGGCUGUUCAAAUGCAACUCAUUAAAGCACGUCAUAUUCAA